AUGUUGUUAGCAGCUGUUUUCAUUUUAUGGUGCUGUGGAUUGUUGAGUCACAGACAAAUGCUGCGCCACCAGGCCUUGGUGAAGGGCCGCUGCUGCGUCUUGUUCAGUGAUGUGAAGGUUUUCCUGCUCAGGCCAUCGACUCCUUCAGCCCCUUCACCUCUAUUCCUCCCCAUGAGCGGCGGAAACACAGAGAGUCAUGGCAACGGAGUCCUGGGCGCCAGCAGCAUCGUCGACAGCAACAACACCCUGACAAGUGUCCCCUCGUCCGCAGCCUGGCAACCACCGCCGACAGGGGGCGCAGCCAGUACAGAUGAGGAAGAGGGCAGAGAUACGGGGGUAUGGGGCGGCGCGGCAGAGGCAGCGGAGCACUCUGUAUCCCUCAUCAGCAGCACCUCCUCAGAUGACUUCUACAAGGGUAAAGGAGAGGACAGGCAGUCUUUCACCAGCUGCACAGACAGUGGCACACUUACCCCGCUCUGUAGAAUCUGCUUUCAGGGACCUGACCAGGGGGAGCUGCUGAGCCCGUGCCACUGCAAAGGUUCGGUCCGGUCCACCCACCAGCCCUGCCUGAUCAAGUGGGUCAGUGAGAGGGGAUCCUGGAGCUGUGAGCUCUGCUACUACAAAUACCACGUCAUCGCUAUCAGCACCAAGAACCCACUGCAGUGGCAGGCCAUCUCUCUGACAGUGAUUGAGAAGGUGCAGAUUGCAGCUGCCGUUCUGGGCACACUCUUCCUCAUUGCCAGCAUCUCCUGGCUCUUCUGGUCGUCAUUCAGCCCCUCCGCCAAGUGGCAGCGCCAGGACCUGCUCUUCCAGAUCUGCUACGGCAUGUACGGCUUCAUGGACAUCGUCUGUAUAGGGCUGAUUAUCCAUGAGGGCCCCUCUGUGUUCCGAAUCUUCAAGCGCUGGCAGGCCGUCAACCAGCAAUGGAAGGUGCUCAACUAUGACAAGUUCACGGACAGCAGUGACCAGAAAGCCGGGGCGAGCUCAAGGAACCUGGUGCAGCCAACCCAGAGUAGUAACCAAAUUAGGGCUACCUCCUCCUCCCUCACUCCUGGGACUGCAGCCACUGUUCCUGUCACCCCGGCAACUACCACAACAACCGCCACCUCGGCAAUGGGGUUUAACCAGAACAAUGCGCCUGGCUCCGGGCCUCCCCUGUCUAACCACUGUGCGUACUCCAUCCUGCAUCUCCUCAGCCACCUAAGGCAACAGGAGUCUAGAGGCCACGGCAGCCACAGUAACAGCAACAGAGAGCUGGUCAUGCGAGUAACUACAGUCUGAGGUUUUUUUUUAAGGCCUGUUUUUUGGUGGGGCAAAAAAAUGGGGAGGAUUGGUGUGCUACAAAGACAAAGGACGGCACCCGGUGUAAUUUUUUGUUUUUUGUUUUAUGGAAAUGAAAAAAGGGGUUACAUAACCAGCCGAAGAAACACAAUGACAGAAUAUCCUGACAACAGGAUGGAGAUGUGAGGGUUUCAGUUUGGAGGAGAAUAAAAAAAAACAAGGCCCGGCUUGGAUCCUAAGCAAUGUAUCAUUUACAGGCAGGGCCAAUUCUUGUUUUCCAAUUACAAUUCCAUUUCCAAUUCCUUUUUAAAAUCAAGUUCCAAUUUCAAUUCCCAUUCCUUUUUAAUCAAUUCCAACACAUCAUUGAUCAAAACUGCAAUAAGCAGUAUUCUGUUAAAAUGAGCUUCUCACAGUGGCAACAAAUUACUUAAAUGGAAGUCACUGUUAGUCAAUUAAAUUUGCUUCUAAUUAAAGCAGUUGAACAAUCACAACAAUUCUUAUGUCUCCAUCAAAGGAAUUUUAUUUUGAAUUGGUAAUUGAUUUUAAAAAGGAAUUGAAAUUCAAGAAUUUACCCCAACCUUGUUGACAAGCUAUGGCAGUUUUGGUGUCAUGUUGGUGUGCUGUGAAACUGAAUGAAGGCUAAGGGUAGAGAAGAUUGUUCAUUUUGUAAGAGUUUUGGUAUAUUCAGGGAUUCCAAUAAUUCAGGGGGAAGACUGUACUUUCUCAGACAGUGUAACUGUCCACUUCACUGGUUCUGUGUCUCUGCUCUAAUGCAGUUUCUGAUUUUCUACUUGCAUUCUAACAUUUGCUGCUCCUGUCAUCACCUGCAUUCUGCACACUGUAUAAUGAUCCUGCUAUGCAUUACACCCUCACUAGAAGGUCAUUUGCUCAGACACUGUUUCAGACAGAAGUCUGCCUAGUACCUAACUCAAUCUAAAGACUCCUUGCUGUUCCCAACCUGUAGUCUGCGAGUAAAAUCCCAGCUAGUCCUGAAAAAAAAAAAACUGUAUCAACCCGUCUCCAUACACCCAAGCCGUUAAUCUGCUGUGCGUGUCUGCUCCAAACACACAGCAUCUGAAUAAACAAGCUAUGUGCCUCCCGACACCCUAGUUGCUGUAACUUCAUCUAUUGUUAAGAAUUAAUCACUGCUAACAGUGAAACAGUUUUCAAUUUUUUGUCCCAUACUGGGUGAAUAAAAUCUGAAACACUUUAUCUUUAAGAGUAAGUAGCUUCUGAUUACAUUUCCAUGGCCCUCUUAUUUUUUAUGAUGUUUGCAAAAAGUGGCUCUUAUUGCAAUUACUCAAACAUCACAUUGUUUCUAAUGUCUCAGUUAAAUGGGCUUUGACUGUGUGUUCUGGAGCUGCUCUUCACUUGUAGAUGCCUGACACGGACAUGUAAAGUAAACUAGAACAGCCAACGUUUCUUUAUAGAAGUUUAGAGCAAGUAGCUGGUCACUUACUUCAGCUAAAAUGCUUUAGCUAAUAUAGCCUGUGUUACAUAUCUUUCCUUUUGAGUGGUGCUUACUAAUAUACAGACACUUUGGCUGAUAUAGCUUAUGUUACAUGUGUCUGUGGUAGGCAACAAGAACUAACGAGCAGCUCUUAAUCUCAGGGUAAAGCAUACAUAAACAUCAUAAAAAGGUAAUACACAUGUAAUUUGAAGCUACUUACUAUUUCAUGAAUAACACUCAAAUAUUAUUAUAUGUAAUGAAAAAAUAUUCAGUUUUGCAUACCUGCCUGAGGAUUUGUGUGCCUUGCCAUGAAACAAAAGUUAUGGCCAACAGUUAUGUCUAGGAGCCUUUUGAGCUUUUUGAAUGGCUGACAAUUUAUGUCCCCAGUGCCGUGUAUGUGUGUGUGUUUUAAUUCCAUUAAGUCAGUUAGUCGACAGCUGAAGUCAUAAAUUAACAGCAAACAGAUUACAAACUAGCUACAGUGAAGGGUUUAAUGCUUCAAGAAGCAGUUAAUGAGGACUAGUAAAUCCAGGUGCAGGUUCGUAACCCACAUGACAUGGCGCAUCGAUCCAGGGAAAAACAAAAGAGCAGAAAACAAAAAAACAGAUAACUCAUCUUAUUUUAAACCUAUUGAUGCUUUACGUUUCUUAAGUUCUGCCUGAAGCCCUUUCUUUAUUUACACACUACCUUUGUACUCCUUUUUUCUCUCCAGACAAAAACUUGAAGUCAGCUGUUUAGGUUUUUUUACUUUAUGUUUUGCCAAUUUAACCCUAAACUCUAAUGUCUACUGCUAUGUUUCCAUCUACACCAUACUUGAAAUCUCAUCUCAGCUGCCACUGAUUCCAUUUACAGCCUACGAACCAAUUUUCAACUAGACCUUAGAUAAAAGUCAAAGGUCAUACUUAGAGAAAAAUAAAUCUGCCUGAUAUUGACAUGAUCCUUGAUAAUUUUCCUGAUUGUUUUUUUAUAAAUUGUAUUUGAGAUUUGAUUGUCGCCUAAGCAACAGAUGCUAAUGAACCCUGAAGGCGAGGGCCAAGUCUGGUUUAUCUGCCAGGAGUGCGAUGAGACAAACUAACCACAGCCGACUUUCAUCCAUAAUCCUGCAGAAUCAAAGGCAAGUGAAGCACUCCCUGUGCGCCCCCAGCCAAGAAGGGCAGCUAGGCACGAAUGGGAUUUAAUUUUUUCUUGUAGUCGCAUCAUUAGGCAUAUGGAUGCUUUCUUCCUCCAUCAAAAUGAUUUGUACCAGCGAGUCACAGCCUUACUGGGGUUGACAGAGUCCCAAUUCCAACCAGUUUUUAUCUUGUUCUGCUGCCAAUGGAAACAAACUGAUUUCAACUCGGUCCAAGCCAGAUGGAAACAAAGCAUAUAUUUAUAAAGGGGUGUUAAACAGAAACACCAGAACUGCCCGUCAGUUAGAUUGGUUGCACUGGCGCAUUGUGAGCUUCUUGUGUCAUUGGCAUUUGGUGGUCUUCCACCAUCACUAGAGUUUUUCAAUCCUAACUGUGGCUGACAGAGUCCUAAUUGAAAUGGAUUUGAUCUUGAGCUGCUGCAGAUGGAAUUGAACGAGUCUGAUUUCAAAUCGCUUUAAAGCCAUUCCAAUGGCAGAUGGAAACGUGGCACUGCUCUAGUCACCAGCUGUUAAGUGUCCUGCAAAUGCUUUAACUGAGAUUCCAAUGACACACUACUGCCUCUUACUACAGUUUAAUGUAUUGUUGCUCAACAUCCAAACCAGUAUCACUGCCAAAGGGAGUUGCCUGUCACACUGCCCAGAAAUACUUAUUUCUGUAAACAAUUAAGGAAUCUGCUGUAAAAAAAAAUCUGAAUGAAUCCUCACCAUUGUUGGCCUGAAAUAUUGACCUCUGGCCAGUUGCGUAUGACACCUAAAGUAAAUGUCCCCUUAGUUUUCAACUUAAGUGUUUCUUGAGUUUAAUGUAAUACUCUUUUAAGUUAUAAUCACAUGUAACACUUAUUAAGUAACAAUAAUUAAACAUGCCUAGACCAGACAGCCUGGUAUGGUUCAGGUUUAAAGUAGCUCUGGAACAAUUACAGAAGUCUCCCCGUCUCAGAGGUCACAAAUCAGAAUCAUGUGGAGAUUACUGUUUUGUUCCCUGUUGCAACAACUAAAUGAACUAUAUGAGCAUGUGGUUUGCCGGUUUUAAACCUUACUCUGAUGUCAUCUGAAAAUACAAAGGCUUCCCUGGUUUGUUGUUGAAUGAAUGCCCAAUGUAUGUCAACAAUAUAAAUAAUAUUUCCUGAGUAUCCACCCUCCCUAUUUUUUUCAGAACAAUAAUAUUAAAGUCAACUAUUUCAGCCAUUUUAUGGGCAACUGUGAAUUUAAUCCUGAUCCAUCAUAAAUAUAUAACAAAAUCUAUAUUAUGUAUUUGAAUCCUUGGUGCAGAGUAAUUCUGUAAUCUACCGAUAUAUAAAAUACUUUGCUUUACUAUUGUACUGCUCAUUCCUUAGAACACUAUAGAUGUUGGAUACCUGGACUUCCAUGGAAAAGAAAAACAAUUAAUUACAGAUUUUGGUUUUAUGAAAUACCGGUAACACAGCAGUGUGAAAUGGGUGAGCUAUGAGAAGCUUAGCUCAGAUUAAGUUUGGCUUCUUUCACCCCUGAACAGACACCUGCUCUAAGGAUGGAUUUGUCUGGAAUUGAUUGUCAGGAGUCAUGAAUCUCAUAUUGAAGACUUUCAAAAGCUGUAACACUAAAGGCUGGAGUGGUUUCACAGACACAGAUUGGCACUUAAGGUAACAUUUGGUUCAAGAUUAGUUCUAUCCGGUUCUAUGAAACCAACUGUAAGUGGUCUGUGUCUUAACCGGAACGUCACACCCUAUAUUCCAUAAUCGCUACAUACAUCCCUCACAAGCCACAUGUUAAGAGUACAUUAAGACGCAGUUUUAAGCAGUGAGUGGGUAGGGACAGCUAACACAGAUAAGGGUCUUUUAUUCUUAUCAUUUAAAAUGAUCCUGAUGAAGUGUCAAAGUCAUCAACCAUAAGGUUCGAACAAUAGAGGUUUUAAUAAGUUAACGACACGUAACUGAUUCGAUUAAUUUAACACAUUAUCGUUUUCGAUUGAUUAAUAAAAGACCCACUAUUUUUCACCUGGGGUCGUCUAUGUUCCUUUUAUGACUCCUUGUUUUUUCAUAAACAGAGAUACUUAAUUCCCAUCAAUCCAAUUCAAUUUCCGAGUCCCACGUUUGUUUAAAUUAAUCACUUUUACCAGAAUGGCCACAGGGUAAUUAUUUUAAUAAUAUUUAGUAUCAUAUUCCACGAAGCAGAAACUCAUGGGGGGGGGGGGGGGGGCUGAUAUCCUUCCAGUUGUCCAGUUUAACACCAUUAACCUUCAAUGGAGACCAAACCAAAUGGUGCUAUUAUUUAACAUUGGUUCAGUACUAGAGGACAGCAUCAGUAGCAUGGUAAAAUGGUGAUCUACCUAUUUCAGCAUGCCCAUAGUAUCACAACCAUUGAUGAUCACUGCCAUUCUGAACAGGACUACUGUACAGUAUUUGUUCCAAAUUCAAUGAGAAGUUGCCAUUAUUGGUUAUGUUGUGGUCUGCUAAUGAUCCUGCCUGGGUUUCUUCAGCGUGUAGUAUACCAUUAUCACAAUGGGUUCUUGAUGGUAUUUUUUUAUUGUUUUGAAAUGAGAUCUGGCAUCACAUUCCUGUCACUGAUAUUGGGUUAAACCACUCCAGUCUACCAAUGGAAAAGCUGUUGGUUUGUUCAGUGAGGAAUGUGCUGGAAAACAAUGGUUUAGAAUUAUUUGUAAUCAUGGCACCCCACUUAUGGAGUCAAUUUGUUCCAAUGGUCCAGGCCAGUCACAUUCCAGAUCGGUGUUGAAUGCUUUGGUAAUUUGCCACAGAGACUGAAUGUUUGCAAAUAAUAAAGGGGAGGGAAUAUUUCAGGUGUAUUGUAGAAAAAAUAUUCCACCUGCACAAAGCUCAAAUGUUUCCCCAGAGCAGACAAAGCUGAUGUCAGGUUGAAACCCGAAAAACUAUUUUAAAAA